AUGUUCUCUCUCCAAGGCAAAACCGCCCUUAUCACAGGAGGGUCUCGCGGUAUUGGGUCCGCAUGUGCUAUUGAGCUCGCCAAAGCUGGUGCACAUGUUUGCCUCGUCCUUCGUCCCACAACGACGACAUCACACACCAUCGACACUUUGAAGGAACUGAAUCUCCCUUAUACAACCGUUCCAUGCGAUCUCGAUGACCUUCCUGCAGUGCGGACCCUUUUCAGCCGUGCUCUAGAUAUUGUUCCCUCACACGAGAUACAUAUCCUCGUCAACUGUGCCGGAAUUCAACGGAGGUCUCCCGCAGUUUCGUUCUCAGAAGAAGAUUGGGAUGCGGUCAUUACCGUCAAUCUCAAGUCGGUCUGGCUUCUUUGUCAGGCGGCUGGCCAGCACAUGGUCCCCCUGAAGAGAGGCAAGAUCAUCAAUUUUGCGAGCCUGCUCACAUUCCAAGGAGGAAUGACAGUCCCGGCGUAUGCAGCAGCAAAGGGAGCGGUUGGGCAGCUCACAAAGGCGUUGAGCAAUGAAUGGAGUAGCGCGAAUGUACAAGUUAACGCAAUUGCUCCUGGAUACAUCGAAACUGAUAUGAACGAGGCGCUGCUUUCCUCUCCGACGCGAUUACCGCAGAUAUCUCAACGAAUUCCCGCCGGUAGAUGGGGAAAGCCCGAAGAUUUGACAGGACCCUGUGUAUUCUUGGCAAGCGACGCCAGCAGUUAUGUUUGCGGCGAGAUCCUGACAGUAGAUGGAGGGUGGAUGGGGCGGUAAUAGAAGAGAAGCCGAAGCAGUGAUUAGAGCGUGGACACGCAUUGUUAUCUGAGAGACCGAGAUCGUAAUGAAAAGUGAAAGGAGACUAGUAUCACUUGUAUGAAAAUAUGAACUCCGUGGUACUCGCUGUCCUG